AUGCUACUACUCUCCAGUCGUCGAGCUGUGACAACGUGCCGCUCUGUCGUGUCUGCUGCUUUGAUCAAUACCGUGCGCUUCGAGUCUAGUAGUAGCAGUAGUAAUCGUAACGUCCAUGCACACGCAACGGUAAAAGUGUAUCAAAGUUCUCGAGUGCCCAGCGAUGGUCCAGACUUGAACGACUUCUUGCGCAAGUCACAGAUGCAUGACCAUCAGCGUACGGUAGAGACGAUACAAGAACCAAGUGAAAUGAAUUUUCCCAUGCGAUCGUUAGAAGAGCUCGAGGAAAUGCAACAGCAGCAGCCGCAGCGGCAGCGGCGUUCCUUCUUCAUUGAGACUUACGGCUGUCAAAUGAACUCGGCCGACUCGGAGAUUGUGCGGGCCAUUUUGUUGAAACAUGGCUACAUUCCGGCACGUGCAGCUGAAGCAGCCGAUGUGCUGCUUAUUAACACGUGUGCUAUACGUGAUAAUGCCGAGGCCAAGAUCUGGCACCGUCUGGAAUCGCUGCGGCAGGUGAAGGCCAAGCUUUUGCGCAGAAAGCAGAAGGUGGUGCAGACCGUGGGUGUUCUGGGCUGCAUGGCCGAGAGACUCAAGACGAAGCUGCUUGAGUCCGACAAGAUGGUGGAUUUGGUGGUAGGUCCAGAUGCCUACCGUGAUAUCCCCAACCUGCUGCAUGUGGUGCACGGCAGCGGCGAAACAGCAGUCAACGUGCAGCUGUCAUUGGACGAGACCUACGCAGACAUUGCGCCCGUACGUGCGGACCCGCACAGCCCGUCGGCGUUUGUGUCGAUUAUGCGUGGAUGCAACAACAUGUGCUCGUACUGCAUCGUGCCGUUCACGCGUGGACGCGAGCGUAGCCGCAUCAUGAGCUCCAUUGUCGAUGAGGUGCGUGCGUUGAGCGACCAAGGUGUAAAGGAGGUCGUGCUACUUGGACAGAACGUCAAUUCGUACCACGACAAGAAGUCCGAGGACGCUGCGGAGAAGGGACGCGGCUACGUAUCAUCCGCCGGGUUUAGCAACAUGUUCCGCUCGCGUGAUGCACUUGGCUUCCGCUUCGCUGACCUGCUCGACAAAGUUUCGCGUGUUGACCCGGAGAUGAGACUCCGCUUUACCUCCCCCCACCCCAAGGAUUUUCCAAAUGAAGUGCUGGACCUCGUGAACGAGCGUAAUAACAUCUGUAAGCAGAUCCACAUGCCAGCUCAGAGCGGCAGCACCACGUUGCUGGAACGCAUGCGUCGUGGAUACUCUCGUGAGGCUUAUCUCGCCCUUGUUGAUAACAUGCGUACUCGUAUUCCUGGUGUUGCCAUUUCUUCCGACUUUAUUGCUGGCUUCUGUGGUGAGACUGAGGAGGAGCACGCCGACACGAUCUCACUGAUGCGGCAGGUAUCCUAUGACCAAGCGUUCAUGUUCGCGUACUCGGUUCGCGCUCGUACCCAUGCGGCACAUCGGAUGGAAGAUGAUGUUUCGCCAGAAGACAAGUUGCGACGUCUGCGCGAGGUCAUUGACACAUUCAGUGAGGUGGUCACGCGCAAGAAUUACGUUGAGGACUCGAACCGUCUGCACAUCGUACUCGUACAAGGCGCCAGUCGUCGCUCCACAGAUGAAGACCCAAAGCUAACGGGUCUUACAGACACGAGCAAGCGUUGUGUGUUCCCCAAUCAAGAAAUGCCGGGUUCGUUGCGUGCCUUCACCAAGCAGGCGGGUGAGCUGGCUGCCGAGUUUCUUCCCCUACCAAGUGUCAGAUCGGAGGGUGUACAUGCUGCUCCUGGUGACUAUGUGCUAGUGCGCGUCCACGAAGCUGGCCGCCACACCCUCCACGCUACCCCUGUGGCACGCACCACUCUGCAAGAGGUCGCCGAGUUUGUAAAGCCAGAGUUGCUCGGUGCCCGACCACACUCACUUGAGGCACUGGAGCUUUAG